UAGCAACACCACAGCCAACAGCACCAAACUUAGCUCUCAGUCACCGCAACCGAAUACCAUGGGUAAGGAAACCGAAAACGCAGGAACCGGGUUCAAGCUGGUUGGUUUCAAUAAUUUCGUCCGAACCAACCCCAAAUCAGACCGGUUCAAGGUCACCCGGUUCCACCACAUCGAGUUCUGGUGCACCGACGCCACCAACGCCGCGCGUCGCUUCUCCUGGGGCCUUGGCAUGCCUAUUGUUGCUAAAUCCGACCUCUCCACCGGCAACCUCACCCACGCCUCCUACCUCCUCCGCUCCGGCGACCUCUCCUUCCUCUUCUCUGCCCCUUACUCUCCCUCCAUCUCCUCCUCCUCCGCCACAUCAACCGCCGCAAUCCCCACCUUCGACGCCUCCGCCUGCCUCGCCUUCGCCGCCGCCCACGGCCUCGCCGUUCGCGCCAUCGCCGUCGAGGUAGACAACGCCGACGACGCCUUCGCCACCAGCGUCGCUCACGGCGCCCAUCCCUCGUCUCCCCCGGUGGUUCUCGAUAACCGCGUCGGACUCGCAGAGGUACGUCUCUACGGCGACGUCGUUUUGCGCUACGUCAGCUACAACGACUCAUCUCACGUAUCCGACCCGAACCCGAACCCGGGAUCGUGGUUCCUACCCGGAUUCGAACCCGUGGAGGAGCUCUCGUCGUACCCGUCGCUGGACUACGGGAUCCGGCGGCUGGACCACGCCGUCGGGAACGUGCCGGAGCUUGCACCGACGGUGAAUUACGUGAAAGGGUUCACGGGGUUUCACGAGUUCGCUGAGUUCACUGCGGAGGACGUGGGGACGAGUGAGAGCGGGUUGAACUCGGUGGUGCUGGCGAAUAACGAGGAGAUGGUGUUGCUGCCGUUGAACGAGCCUGUUUAUGGAACAAAGAGGAAGAGCCAGAUUGAGACGUAUCUUGAGCACAACGUGGGUGCUGGUGUUCAACACCUUGCUCUUGUGUCCCGUGACAUUUUCAUGACUCUCAGAGAGAUGAGGAAGCGAAGUGCUGUUGGUGGCUUUGAGUUCAUGCCUUCUCCUCCACCCACCUAUUACUGUAACCUCAAGAAUCGUGUUGGUGAUGUGUUGACCGAUGACCAGAUCAAACAGUGUGAGGAGCUUGGAAUUUUGGUUGAUAAAGAUGACCAGGGUACCCUCCUUCAGAUUUUCACUAAGCCUGUUGGAGACAGGCCGACCAUAUUUAUAGAGAUAAUACAGAGAAUUGGAUGCAUGAUGAAGGAUGAUGAAGGGAAAGUAUAUCAAAAGGGAGGAUGUGGGGGUUUUGGGAAAGGCAACUUCUCGGAGCUUUUCAAAUCCAUUGAAGAAUAUGAGAAGACUUUGGAAACUAGAAGAGUUGCAUGAUGCAAGAUGUCAGCAUCUUGUUCAUUGUGGUGCUUUCUCAUGCCCAAGAGGUCAUCUAUUUAUACUGCAAUGUUAAAAUACAUUCAUAGAAUUUCAUACCUGGAGUAGCUGGAGCCCUUCCAUCAAGGUUGGCUGAGCCUACCUUCAUUCAAAGGAUUAAUAUGGAAUUGAUGUGGCAUGGGGAUGUUUAUUUUCUGUAUAAUAGAUACUAUAAUGGGAAGGAGAACUCUCCCUUAUUUGAAAUAAAAGAAAAUCUCUUAUUUCUA